AUGAAGAUUGAAAAGGCUUCUCAUAUUUCACAACCGGUGCAACUUUCCACAUGCACUCUCAUUGACACCUACCCUGGUCAUCAAGGAAGCAUGAACAACAAGGAAGUCGAAUUAUACGGCGGCGCCAUCACUACUGUCGUCCCACCUGGGUUUAUAGACGCUUCUACUCUAAGAGAAGUCCCCGAUACACAGGAGGUGUACGUCAAUUCCCGUCGCGAUGAAGAAGAAUUCGAAGAUGGACUAGCCACCAAUGAAAGCAUUAUCGUGGAUCUCUUGGAGACGGUCGACAAGAGCGAUCUGAAGGAGGCUUGGCAGUUCCACGUGGAAGACCUGACGGAGUUGAACGGGACCACCAAAUGGGAAGCUUUACAAGAAGACACUGUUCAGCAAGGAACCAAGUUCACCGGACUCGUUAUGGAAGUAGCAAAUAAGUGGGGAAAACCAGAUCUGGCACAGACCGUUGUCAUCGGCGUAGCGUUGAUCAGAUUAACCCAGUUUGACACGGAUGUGGUCAUCUCCAUUAAUGUACCUUUGACAAAGGAGGAGGCGUCGCAAGCAAGCAACAAAGAGUUGCCUGCAAGAUGUCAUGCUGUUUACCAAUUGUUGCAAGAAAUGGUACGGAAGUUUCACGUUGUGGACACGUCGCUGUUUGCUUAA